AUGGAAAAAGAGGAAUCUGUGGAUCCUGAGAGGUUGUUGCAGUGUCCCUAUGAUAAAAAUCACAAAAUCAGAUCAUGCAGGUUCCCAUACCAUCUUGUGAAAUGCAAAGAGAAUCAUCCUGACAUUGCUGCCAAAUUGGCUACUUGUCCCUUUAAUGCUCGUCACCUGGUUCCACGAGAUCAACUCACUGAACAUAUUGCAACUUGUAUGGACAAAACUUCCCUUGAAGAUGAUGUAGAAUCCUUGGAAGAUCCUAGCCCAAGUUUUGUUUGGGAUAUUCUCUAUGCUUCAUAUGAUGUGAGCGUCAACAGUGCCAGUACAUUGACAUUUGAACACCCAUAG